GUGUCCAAAGGAGGAGGUCACGCAAGUCGCAUCUGGUUCCCUAUACCCCCUGCCCUACCUCCUCUCCUUCUUCUUCUCCGUCUUCGUGAUUUGUUGGCCCUCCCUCCCAUAAACGCUCCAGACCCGCACUCAAAAGACAAGCUUCUUGCCCCCUGUGGAUGCCCCCGACUGGAAUUCGAAACCACCGUGGAAAGAUGUCGGCCUUACGUGAUAUUGUCAUCUUGGCGGUACUGUUGGCAGUCCUGACAUGCCAGCCUGCUUCUUCGAAACCUCAGCUACGUCAUCAGAGGCAGGCCAAGUUCCAGGGCUGUCUGUCAGAACAGGUCAAAACGCACAACGUCAGAUUUUGCAAACUUGGCGACGAGGAUCCAGACAUCGACAAAGUCCUGAAGAGCAUCCCUAUCAAGUCCCUGUGUCCCGAAGACAAGGCCUACGUGAAGAACAACAGCAGAGGAAGUGGUGACGACCUCAAGCACAAGGACUGCUGCUCUACCUUCUGCAGCGACGACGAGUGGAGACGGUUGCUUUUGAACCGCUUCUUGGCAGUCCUUGGUCGCCAUAUGCAAUAGACUCCUCCUCCUCCUUACUCUGCUGCUGCUACAGGCCUCGCUGGAUCCCUGUUUGUCUUGUCUGUCCCUUGCCAGCCUUGAAAAACUGCCUCUGCAGAGCCUGUUCUGGACUACGAAUCAGGAACUGACUCUACAGAGCUUCUGAACAAACUCGACGAAUUCCGAAGUUUCCUCUACAACUUCUCUGAACAAACUCUACGAAUUCCGGAGCUGCCUCUACAGAGCCUCUGAACUCUGCGGAUACAGACACUGCCUGCACAGAGCCUGUAGACUCAACGAAUCAGGAUAUUCAAUGUUCUGUCCUCGUCGGCUUGGAAAGUUACUUUUGUUUGUCUGCUCAUGUUCGCCUGAUGUGAUACUGUCUUGUAAGUCUUGAAUAUAUUCCUGUAGCUUUUGUAGUUGUG